AUGGCGUCCAACGAGCAAAAGAUUCGGUCUCUUGGCCACGUUCUGGUGACUGGCGGAUCCGGCUUCCUGGGAAACCACAUUGUUACUCUCCUAUCGUCCCGCGCUGCAUGCAGCAAAAUCACCGUUCUCGACCUCAAGACCCCCGCCUUACCUGUCGCCAAUGUCGACUACCGUCAAGGUGACUUGACCGACUUCGAUGCAAUGCUCAAACUCUUCUCGGCCCUGAAGUUCGAUACCGUCAUCCAUACAGCCAGCCCCCUCAUGACGGCCAGUAACAACAAGGAGCUCGCCUACAAGGUGAACGUAGAAGGCACAAAGACAAUGAUUCGCGCUGCUCAAGAGACCGGGGUCAGGGCAUUUGUCUACACCAGCUCUGCUAGCGUGAUUCAUGACACACAAAGCGAUUUGAUUCACGCCGAUGAGACCUAUCCUCUUAUCAUGGGCAAGGAGCAGCCGGAGUAUUACUCGACUACCAAAGCUCUCGCCGAACAACAUGUUCUUGCGGCCAAUCGCUCGCCUUCCCACCCAAAACUCCUCACAGCUGCUAUCCGACCUUCAGCUAUGUUUGGCACUGGAGAUGUGCAGCUCAUUCCACCAGGGCUGAGCGCAUACUACAAGGGUCAAACCAAGGUUCAAAUCGGCGAGAACAACAACCUUUUCGACUUCACCGAGAUCACGAACGUAGCUCACGCCCAUCAUCUCGCUGCUGCAGCUCUACUGGCAACCGCUGAGCGUGAUGAUAAGGGUCUCGCUAUUCCCCUGGAUAAUGAGAAGGUAGAUGGUGAAGCGUUCUUCAUCACCAAUGAUGCUCCCGUCUACUUUUUUGACUUUGCGCGGAUGUGCUGGGCUGCAGCAGGUGAUAAGACCACACCGGAUCAAGUAUGGAAGCUCUCAAAGGACGUCGGCUUAAUCCUCGCAACGCUCAUGGAGUGGGUAUUCUUCUUGUUUAGAUUGGGCAAGCCAAACUUGUCACGGCGGGAAGUGAGAUAUACGUGCAUGACAAGAUAUUACAACAUCGAUAAGGCGAAGAGAAGGCUGGGAUACAGACCGCUAGUAAAGCUGGAUGAGGGCAUACGAAAGGGUGUGGCGGAUGCGUUGUAUCGAGGAGUAGUGAAGGGGCAGCCCAUGGAACUCAAAGGGAAGAAGAUACAGUAG